AUGAAUAAGUUAAGCGUAGCAUUGGUAAUCCUUACACUGCUCGCGUCAACAGCAAAUUGUCACCAACACAAGAUUGUCUUGAAAAGUCUCUCCGGAACAAAUGUCGAGUGCCUACGGUAUGGUCCACCGUGGGAUUGCGUGGCGCGUUGCCAAACUUUGCUCACUCGCGAUUGGGUUGAUUCGACCGGAAUGCGGUCUGCGUACGAUCGGUUCUAUCAGCCGGAUCCGAACGAUCAGUGCAACCUGAACCGCAUGUGGCGGUGUUUGAACAGUUCGCUGUCCGCUGCAUCACCGGACCAGGUGUGCCUCCGUACCGAUAAAACAAUUCAGUGCUACCUGGAUCAAUACGGAGAGGUAAUUCAGAAUCAAUCGAGGUAUGUGGCCCCUAGUCGAUUGCAGGAGACUCAGAUCUUCAUGGAGUGUGGGGCGAUGCUUGGGAUCUCGCCCCAGCGAGUGUUGGAAGUAUUGGACAAAGGGGAGUUUGAGCUGCCAGAAGUAAGUUGCCUGGUGCGGUGUUUCCUUGUAAGGUCUGGUCUGUACAACGACGAAAGUGGACUGGCGUUGGAGCGAUUCUAUGUGGCGUGCGGAGGCUAUGACGACGAAUUUUAUCUCAAUGUGAAACUGUGUAUUGCGAAUGUCCGGGCAGCUGGUGCUUGCGACAAGUGCACUAUGGCACAACGGUUGGCCCUGAAGUGCAUCGGUAAUCAGUAUCCCAUUUUCGAACCUACCACUUACACAGAUAUGUAUUCUACUAAUACUGCUGGGCGUGAUGUCAACAAUAAUUACAAUAUUAUUUUUGAUUUCGGUGACACAGUUGGACAACUUACUGCAGGUACAGGAACCGGAAGUAUUCCAUAA